UCCUUAUUUAAAUUUGACCUCUGACAUCAUUUGCUCGUCUGCCUGGACCACACUGCAUCAAGAAUGAACCUGCUUUAUGUCCUUUUAUUGGUCCUUUGGUCAGUUUUCAACAGUACCAGCUCCUUCCUUAUCUACAACAAGGACCACAACAAAUGUGUGUAUGCCGCGAGUGCUACUGUAGUGCUGACUGCGCCGUGCGACGCAUCUUUCACAGCUCAGCGUUUCCAAUGGAUUUCCUCUUCACGAAUCAUCAGCCUCGCUUUUAGUCUCUGUUUGGGGGCAGAGAAGAUCGAAGACAGGUUCAAAGUUAUCCUUCUGCCCUGCAAUGAAUCUAACCCCGGACAAACCUGGGAGUGUAAAGAUGAGACCUUGCUUGUAUUGAAGGGACAUCCACUGCACUUGAACUAUGGAGAUUUUGUUGAGCCAAAUGUGAUGCUGUUUAAUGAAGCAGGUGUUUGGAGUCGCUGGCUGAUUUAUGGGACCAACGAAAAUUUGUGUUCUCGUGGAUAUCAAGAGAUGGCUAGUAAUCCUAAUGGGAAACCAUGCUAUUUCCCUUUUAAGUUUAAUGGAGAUGUGUACGCCGAGUGCACUGUGGAUGGCAGGGCUGAUGGUCAGCUGUGGUGUUCCACAGAAAGUGAUUUCGAAAAGGAAGAGUGGGGCCUCUGCCACCCAAUAAAUGCCCCAGAGCCCAACAUCGCAGUGUAUGGGCAGAUGCAGGACAGAGAGCAUGUGAUAGUGAUGUGUUCAUUUGGCAGGAGGUUCACUAAGAGCUCUUUCCAGCUGUCAGUGGAGGGUGAACACAACUACACACUGAAGGACCCACUGUGUUAUUCAAAUGAAAAGUGUGUGUUUGAUGUGAAAGUGAGUCCACCUGUUUCCUUCACCUGUGUGCACGAGAUUAAUUCUGCGGUGAACCGUCGCAGUGAGACCUACACCUACAGCCCAUCUGAUUUUCCUGCAGUCUUGGAUCAGCAUGAGGAAGGAGUAUCUUCAUUCUAUAUUGGCUUUUUCUCCUUCAUUGUUGUUGGUCUCGUCAUCAUGACAGCUGCAGUGAUCAUGGCCACCUUUAAGAGCAAUGCUAAAGCGCAGCUCCCCAGUAACAGGGACAACAUUCUUGUGAGCCAGCUUCAGAAGAGUCUUCCUUCUGGGACGACGGCCAUGCAAACCGACUUGUUGCAGUGUGUGGCGUUUGGUCUGAGCACUGACAAGCUGACCUUCCGCUUCUGCAACCUCUAA